AAUACACCCAAAGAAAGAUGAAUAUAAGCAGAAAUACAGGGGAAAAACAGUUGGAAACCUCCUCUCUCCCUCCACAUGUCAGCCUCCGGCAGCUAGUUCCCCUGUUAUAGACCUGGAGAGAGAAAAUGGGGUGUUGUGAUAAUCGUGAUGAAUAAGCGAUUAAUAAAAACAAACUCCAAAUAGGGUAAUGGAUUCAUCGUCAUCCCUAACAAUAUUAUUAUUGAUAAUCAGCCAAAUUUUGAGGGAAGAUAAUUGUGGACAAAUGCGUGAAAUAUCUGGGUUUUUUCAACAACCCACACGAAAAAAAAAAACCACAUUAAAAACCUUAAACAAAUUUGUCUCAAACAAUUCUCCGUGUUUUCUUGCUGUAAUCUAUGGAAGAAUCUGAAGGUUCGCAUGUCGGUUUGGUUAGCAAGGUUACUAGGAAAAUACCAGCAGUGAAGCCUUUUGUACGAAGUAGGACUAUAAGUUCUUUGUUCUCUAGAUCUGCCUCUACUCAAGACUUCAGACCCUUAGAUAAACGGGAGGACCUAAAUGAUGAUGAUUCAUCCAGAGAAAUAGAGGAACCAGGUAAGAAGUUUUUGGAUCCAGAAGGACAUUCACCGACAAAGGCUCCAGCUCGAUGUGUUCCUUCAAGACCCCGUUUUCGAUGGAAAUCACUUUUUAAAACAUGGAAAAACAAAUCAUUCAGACACUUAUCAAGUAAAACUUCUGUGAAAAAGAUACGCAGUAUAGUGGGUAGAAAUGGAGACGAUGUGCCAGUCUCACGACUCUCACCUAUUAAUGCUAAUGUGUACAAGAUGAAGGCUUCUUGGAAGGUCUUCUCCUUCUGUGAACUUCAAGAAGCAACCGACAAUUUCAGUCAAGAGAACUUGAUUGGGAAAGGUGGCUAUGCAGAUGUUCACAAGGGAUGUUUAAGAGGACAGCUAGUGGCAGUCAAACGCUUAACUACAGUAACACAUGAAGAAAGGAUUACCAGCUUUCUUUCUGAGCUUGGUAUCAUAGCUCAUGUGGAUCAUCGUAAUACAGCUAAGUUGAUUGGCUAUGGAGUAGAAAGGGGACUCUACAUUGUUUUAGAAUUGUCUUCACUUGGGAGUCUGGGAUCUCUACUUCAUCGUAAGUCAGGAAUUCCCUCAAUUUGCUUAAAAUACAAUGGUAAAAAAAAUCUUUAUAAAGGCUUCUCUUACAUAGUUUUUUUUCUUGUUUUAACAGGUUCAAGCGAAAUCUUAGACUGGGGAACUAGGUAUAAAAUUUCCUUAGGGGUGGCGGAUGGUCUUUUGUAUCUUCACGAGGGCUGUCAAAGGAGAAUUAUUCACAGAGACAUCAAAGCAGAUAAUAUAUUGCUUACAGAGAACUAUGAGGCUCAGAUAUGUGACUUUGGACUUGCAAAAUGGUUACCUAAACAUUGGACUCAUCAUAACAUAUCUAAAUUUGAAGGCACUUUUGGUUAUUUUGCUCCUGAGUACUUCAUGCAUGGCAUAGUGGAUGAGAAAACUGAUGUGUAUGCAUUUGGGGUGCUGCUUUUGGAGAUUAUCACAGGACGGAAAGCUUUUAACUGUGACAGACAAAGUAUUCUGCUAUGGGCAAAACCAUUGCUCGAUGAGCAUGACGUGGAGAAGCUUGUUGAUCCUGUGCUUGGUGAUGAUUAUGACAAAGAGGAGUUGGACCGUUUGGUCUUGACUGCUGCAUUGUGCACACAACAGUCCCCAGUUUUACGGCCCAGAAUGAAUCAGGUUUCUACUCUGCUCAGAGGUGACAAUUACUUUCCCAACAACUCAAAAGGAACCCAAACACAAACGCUGCGUAGGACGUACUCAGAAGAGCUCUUGGAUGCCAAAGAAUACAACUCAACAAAGAUUAAACUAAAUGACCUGUAUCGCCAUAGACAGGUUGCCUUUGAUUCCAUUGAAUGACUCAGACCUAAGUGGUCAUCACUUCCAAUACUUGACCGGUUCGGAAACCAUGGUUUUAUAAAUUUUCAUCCUUCUUUUUCCUGCUUCUUCUUGUAUAAUAUGUACCAACUAACAUGUCCAUUCAAAAGUUAUCACAAGUGUAUAUACUUCGUAUCAAAUAAUUGCCAUUUCAGUUGGAGUGAA